AUGGACUUCUUACAUGUUUCAUUAGUUGUGAAAAAUUUAGCAAAAUUUCACGCAUUUUCUUUAGUGGCGGAAAAAUUAUAUCCAGAAAAAUUUAAUGAUAUUAAACGGGCUCUAAGUAAAGAUGUGCAAUAUUCAGAUUUGAAUAGCAUACCCAAUUCCCUUAUCUGGUAUUUCAAUGCAUCUGUGUCUGUUAUAACAGACCCUGGCAGAAAACCAGUCGAAGUAGUUUUGGUGGAUUACCAGUUGGCGCGUUUUGCAUCACCGGCUACAGAUAUUUCAUAUUUCUUGUACAUGAGCGCAAAUUACGAUUUUCUCUCCAAAUAUUACGACCAGCUACUAGAUAUUUAUUAUGGAACGAUGGCAGGUAUACUCCGUCAGUGUGAUAUUGAUAUACAAGAAACAUUUCCUAGGCAUAUAUUACAUGAUCAUUUGAAGGAAUAUUCGGUUCUGGGUCUCGUAGAAGCUCUAAUAUCAAUGAAAAUUGUAACAGCGGAGUCUGAAGAGGCUCAAAAAAUGCUUGAAAUGAAACACCAAGUGCCAAAUGGCUUGCACGAGUUUGAAACACAGAAUCAGAUUAUGUUCGUUGAACGAGUUAACGGAAUUGUUAAGUUUUUUUUCGAAAGGAACUUCACACUGGAUGGAGUUAUAAUAGAACAAUAA